CCCACCUGUCUUCGUCACGUGCUGUUUUCACUUGAUUAGUUUUUUCACAUUUCGAAUUCGAAAAAACUGAAUUUUCAACGGUGUUCUAAUUUUUAUCGUGAAAACUAUAAAGUAAAUGAGUAUAUUAAACAAUUAGUGACGUUGUAUUACGAUGGACGAUUCCAAAAUCGGCGAUUCUCUGAAGAAAAUCAAAAAACUCGAAGAACGGAAAUCCAUCGGUGAUACUCUUCUACCACAAAUCGAUCGUAAGAAAACCAAACAUUCGUUACGAAAAGAAGUUUUGAAAGUUCAAAGAAACAAGAAAAAAGAGAAGAAAGACCGACGGAAACUACGAGAUGAAGAAGGCCGAGAAAAACAGGUACCAAAAACUAUCGAAUCCUGUAGAGAAGCAGAUUCUACCGUAUUGACUGAUGUGCCCGAAGACGUCAUUAAUGAAAUUAAUCGUGACAUAGAAACCGACGAAUUAAGUUCUUACUUCAAUAAGGAAUAUGAACCCAAGGUACUAAUUACGUUCUCAGAGAACCCCAUCAAAGCAUCUCGACGAUUCGCUCUACAGUUAUGUAAAAUAAUACCGAACUGUAUGAGAAUGGGACGAAAGGGUACCUCUAUCAAAGGUAUCGUUAAAGACGCUAUCCAAAAGAAAUUUACCGAUAUUAUUGUGAUAAAUGAAGAUAAAUUUGAACCGAAUGGUUUAUUAUUAAUACAUUUACCCGAAGGACCAACGGCGUAUUUUAGAUUGAGCAAUGUGAAAACUUGCAAUAAGAAGCAAAUGAAAGAAAUCACUUAUCAUCGUCCAGAAGUCAUAUUAAAUAAUUUCAAUACCAGAUUAGGUCAAACAGUCGGCAGAAUGUUGGGUUCAAUAUUCCACUAUCAACCGGAUUUCAAGGGUCGAAGAGUAGUUACUUUUCAUAAUCAACGAGAUUAUAUAUUUUUCCGACACCAUCGAUAUAAGUUCAUCAAAGGAGAACCUGCGCUUAGAGAAUUAGGUCCACGAUUUACCUUGAAAUUACAAUCAUUACAACGUGGUACUUUUGAUUCCAAAUUUGGCGAAUAUGAAUGGAAUAUAUUUGGUAGAAGGCACGAAUUAGAGACUAGCCGUAGAAGAUUCUUCUUGUGAUUUAUUUAAUAUUGAAACUUUUUGUACAUUUCGCCCCUGUAAUUGUUUCUGAAAUAAAAGAAAAUAUCUAAAAAGUGAAA